CCGAAGGUGUAUCAAGGCGUCCGCGUGAAGAUGACAGUCAAAGAACUACUGCAGCAGAGAAGGGCGCUCCAAGCUGCCUCAGGGACAACUCUGUCAGGAAGCAGCAGCAGCCACCUCCCAGACCCCAUCACGCCAUCGCCUGCAGGACUGUAUUUUGAGCCUGAACCAAUGUCUUCCACACCCAGUUAUUUUCAAUCCCGAGAAUUUUCCACCUGUGUCUCUUGUGAAGAAAGUCCAAGCUGCCUAGACCAGAUCUGUGAGUCCUACCUUCAGACAGAGACACUCCCGGAGCCUCUGCUCAACUCCGCACAAAGUACUCCCCACCAUUUCCCAGACAGCUGCCAAGUGGCCUCUUUCUGCUAUAACCAGAGCCUGACUCCAGGAUCGCCUUCGGAUUCCUCCAGUCUCUCUGGCUCCUUUGACUGCAGCUACUUGCCAGAUCAGCUGCCUUCCUACACUCCAGAAAAUUACACCUCUCCGCCUCCUCUGGAUUCCCUACACUACAGCCUCCCAGAAGAAGGCUACUCCUGCCACCACUGGCCUUCCCACCCCCAGUACAAUCAUUUCUCCCCAGCUACCCCUUCCAUCUGCUACUGUGCAGCCUGCGAGGCAGACCAUUUGAACGCCCUCAGAACCACAGAGUUCUUCUCCUACUCCAGCACAGACUGUGUGGACUUUGCCCCCUCGGCGGCUACCACUGGUGAUUUCUAUAAGGAAACAAGCUGUGAUCCGUGCUACAGUUAG